ACCACUAACGCAUCAGCUGGACUUUGGCAUCACUGUUCGGGACGCUAAAUUAAGUUAUUUAUUUAAACGUGUAUUAUCUACUGUCGAGUUCAAUCCAUGACGACCAUGUCGCCGCCGUCCCCCAUGGACGCCUUGUGCCGCGUGUGCCACACAGCAUCGCCGCGCUGCCUGCCGCUCUUCAAACCGCUCGACGAUCCAAUUUCCGGCAAACCAGCGACGCUGGCCAGCAUUUUAAGCUACUGCAGCGGUCUGGAGAUCCUAGAGGCGGAGCUCUUCCUGCCCCACCACAUCUGCCCGGACUGCGUGGCCAAGUUGCGGCUCUCGCUGGAAUUCAAGCGGAGUGUCCAUCGCAUGGACAGAAUUCUGCGGCAGAGUCAUGCGGACUUUUGCCGCAGCAAAAAGAUCAGCGCGGUGAAUACUAGGGCCAGGCUGUCAACCGAGAUUCCGGAGGAUUUUGUACUCGUGCUCGAUGACCAGGAAGUGACUGAAUAUCCAGCAGAAACGAUACGAGAUGAGGAGCAACUCCUGGUCGUAGAAUCAGAUGAGGCGGAGAGCCGGCUGGAAGCGCCAAUUGUACAGGAGGAGAGGCUGGAUAUUGCACUGGAACAGCACGAAGACGAUCUCUGCGAGAUUGUCGACGAUCCGGAUCCGGAGCAACGUAGGAGCAGGUUAGAAAGAUCCGAGCCAGCGCUGCAAUGUCCCAUUUGCGGCAAACAACUGGCUAGGAAGCGGACCUUUCAGUACCACAUGAGGCUACAUGGCCAGCCAAAAAUUCGCCAAGAAGACAACGACCACUGCAUUGAAGAGUGCCUCCAAGUGGAGCCCGUUUUGCAGGCCAAAGCUGGCGAAGAUGUCUACGAGAUUGUGGAGAAAUCAGCACAGACUUCGGCGACGCAGAAAACUUUGCCCAGUGGAAGCCGGCCUUGGAAACCCCUCAAUCCCUCCCUACAGUGUAAAAUCUGUGGCAAGCAACUAAGCACCAACAACUCCUUCAAGUACCAUAUGCAGCUACAUGGCACGGCCACGCCCUACGUUUGCACAAUCUGCGGAGAGUCCUUUAAGACGCGAAACGCCCGCGACGGCCAUGUCACGCUGCACGAUCGUAACAAUCCGAACAGGUGCCCCACCUGCUUCAAGGUCUACCGGCAGGCGUCCUCGCUGCGCACACACCUUCUAAUCCACAGCGGAAUCAAGCCAUUCGAGUGCAGCAUCUGCGGCAAGAGGCUAACACAGAAGUCGGGCUACAAGAAGCACAUGCUCACCCACACGGGCGAGAAGCCGCACGGCUGCGACAUUUGCGGCCGUCGCUUCCGCUACUCGAGCAAUCUGAUUGCCCACAAGCGCUGCCACAGCCAGGAGAAGCCCCACCCGUGCCCGGUGUGCCAGAAGCGCAGCUUCGGCAGCACAUCCGAGCUCAACCGCCACAUGCUCGUCCACAGCAGCGAGCGACCGUUCGGCUGUGAGCAGUGCGGCAAGUCCUUCAAGCGCCGCAUCUCACUCGCCAUCCAUCGCCAGUCGCACAAGGCGGGCAGACAGCGGAGGCGGGCCGAGCAUGAAGUGGGUGUCCAACUGGAGGAGCAGGACGAGAAUGUGGAGACCUGAAGCUAGAUCGCUUAUACUAUCGGCUUAAUGUACAAAUCGGGACAUUUAGUUUUAGUUCAAUUCGCUUUUAUUUUCGGUACUUUCCUUCGCACAAUAACAAGUUUUAAGUGUGUUCCUAUUGUUAGGAUAAAUUUGAUUGGUUUUCCCACCCAAAAUAAUGCGUGUUUCAUACAUACAUAUAUAUUAUAUAUGGUCAACAAAC